ACCUUCGCCACACACACACACCCAUUUCCUAAUUCAUAACUUCCAAUUCCUGUCUCUCUCCCUCUCCGUCUCACGAAAAUGGCUAGAGGAACUACCAUGACCAUGAGUUUCAGUUCUCUUCCUCAAACCCUUAUCUGCAUUGCCUUCUUGUUCUUCUCCCCUCCACCUGUGACAGCAGCUCAGUACGAUGUCGUGUCGCUCGGGGCCAAAGCCGACGGAAAGUCGGACUCUAGCAAGGCCUUCCUCAGUGCGUGGUCGUCAGCCUGCGCCUCCUCUGGCCCUGCCACCAUCAACGUCCCCUCAGGCAGCUUCUACAUCAAAAGUGCUGCCUUCGUCGGGCCCUGCAAGAGUAGCUCCAUCACAUUCAAGAUGGGUGGGACCCUCGUGGCCCCCUCCGACUACAGCGAGAUCGGGAGUUCAGAGAACUGGAUCAUCUUCCGCCACGUCAGCGGACUGAAUGUCGUUGGAGGUGUCCUCGAUGGGCAGGGGUCGGGCUUGUGGGAGUGCAAGGCCUCGGGGAAGAGCUGCCCUAAAGGUGCCACGAAUCUGGAGUUCAGCAAUUCGGAGAACAUUCUUGUCAGCGGCUUGAGCUCGGUUAACAGCCAGAUGUUCCACAUAGUUGUCAACGGGUGCCAAAACGUGAAACUACAAGGAGUCAAGGUCUCUGCCUCGGGGACCAGUCCUAACACCGAUGGCAUCCACAUUUCACAGUCGCAGGGUGUCACAGUCCUGAACUCGAAGAUAGGAACUGGGGAUGACUGUGUUUCAAUUGGCCCUGGUGCAUCCAAUCUCUGGAUCGAAAAUGUUGCCUGUGGACCUGGCCACGGAAUAAGCAUUGGGAGCCUUGGGAAGGACUCGCAGGAGGACGGAGUACAGAACGUGACGGUCACAACCGCGACAUUUACAGGUACGCAGAAUGGGGUGAGAAUCAAGUCAUGGGCGAAACCUAGCACUGGCUUCGCGCGCAACAUCCUAUUCCAACAUGCAGUCAUGAACAAUGUCCAGAACCCAAUCAUCAUCAACCAAAACUACUGCACAGAUGACGAUGAUUGCCCUCACGAGUCAUCUGGUGUCAGGAUCAGUGACGUGACGUACCAAGACAUCCACGGGACUUCUGCGACCGAGGUUGCAGUGAAAUUUGACUGCAGUUCGGAGUACCCAUGCACAGGAAUAACGAUGGAGGACGUGAAGCUCACUUAUGGGAAUCGGGUAGCGGAAGCCUCGUGUGAGAAUGCUGGAGGAACUGCUUCUGGCGCAGUACAACCCUCCAGCUGCUUGUAAGCUUCGAGAUCAUUCGAGGCGCCACAUCUAUGAAACCGUAAUAGAAAUCCUAUAUCCAAGGAUCCUACUAGAUAUGAGAAGGUGGGAUCAUUUAAGACAUAGAAAUAGAUUAUAUAUGAUCAGGUGACUGAUUGGCGUGCUUGAGCCUGUGGCGUGUCUAGCCUUUAUUUAGCUAGUUCAUUCGGUGCCUGGCCUUGCAUAUAUCGCCUAAUCACCUUGGUUUCCUAUACCGAUAUGUCUAGGAAUAUACAGUCCCAGUGUAUCGGUAUCAAAUAUUUAAAUGCUAAUGGGAAGGCCUUCGUUCUUUUA